GAGAGAGAGAGAAGGGGGGAGAGAGAGCCUGAGAGUGUACUGGGAGAGAGGAGAGAGACGAGGUCUGGCGUCUCCCGGUAGUAAAUUAUCAGGUUUCGAGCACAAAAACUAGGAGAAAGAGACAGAGAAGAAGGAGAGGAGGCCUCGUGGAAAGCUCACUGCUCCACUGGUGACCGGGACCAGCAGCAGCAGCAGCGCGUAAAGCCGUGGAUUAAAAAAAAAACCCGACUAGAAGGACGGAUGGUCGCGCAGACGGGCGGCGCGCUCUGAAGUUGGACAGACUACCGAGACACCGAGAGCAGCAGCAGCAGCAGCAGCAGCUUUUGUCCGUCCACCUCCCCCCCUCCUCCUCCUCCGUGAAGGCAGCGGCGGCACCGGGAGGCUGUGCCCGCGCACCCCGACCAUGAAGCUGCCGUGGCUACUGGCGCUCACGGCGCUGCUUGCUCACGCCGCCACGGCACAGACGUGGUCGCCGUCUAUGGACGACGAAGGCUCGACGAGAGACGAGUUUUAUGACGAUGAGGACCUUUACUCAGGCUCCGGCUCAGGCUUUCCUGAGAUCAGUUUGAGGCCGACAUCGGUGGCCGUGUCCUUCACCACAGAGGAGCCCCUCCUCCUGUCCACCACCCAGGCCACAGGCCCGGCCCCCUCCGCCUCACCUGCGGCCGAGCCCAGCCCGAGCCCCGAGGACGCCACGGCCACCCCGCUGCCCACCGAGGCCGACGGGGAGAGCGGUGCAUUCUGGGAGAGAGAGAGGGAGCUGGAGAAGGAGCGAGAACGAGAGCUGGAGAAGGAGAAGGAGCGAGAGAGGCAGAUGGAGCUGGAGAGGGAGAGAGAGAAACAGCUGGAGAGGGAGAAAGAAAGAGAGAGGGAGAGGGAGCGGGUGAGGGAGAUGGAGAGAGAGCGGGAGAGAGAGAGGGAGAGGGAGAGAGAGAGGGAGCGCGAGAGAGAGCGAGAGAAAGAGCGAGAGAGGCAGAGAGAGCGCGAGCUGGAAAGAGAGAGAGAGCUGGAGAGGAUCCGGGCCGCCGCCGCCCAGACCACCGCCGCCCCGCGGUCGCCUGCUGCCGUUCCCGUGGUGACCACCAACCCGGCCACCAGCCCUUCAGAAAGUGCGGCGCCCUCCGCAGGUUCAGAUGACCUGAGCACCACAGAAGAAGAAGAGGACGUCUACCUGUCACCUGAGCCCACCUCGUUUUACCCAGGCUUUGACAUGGAAAUCACCACAGAAGAAGAGACGUCCACCACAGCAGAGAUCACCCCCGAGCCUACGACGGCCGCACCCACCACCACCACCACCACAGCCGCCGCUGUCAGGACCAAGUUCCCCUUCAGGGGCAGGUUUCCCAUGACGACGGCCACUCAGGCGGCGCCGACAGAGAGGACGACCCGGCCACAGCAGCCGGCAACAACACAGGAGGGCAACAACGAGAUGGGCGCCGCGGGGCCAAGCGGAGAUUUCGAGAUCCGCGACGAUCGCCGUAACGGUCUCGGCAGAGGAGUGAUGCCAGUGGAGCCUGAUCUGCUCGGAAACACAGUGGAUGGAGGGAGCUCAGCCGCCCAGCUGCCACAGAAGAACAUCCUGGAGAGAAAAGAGGUCUUGAUAGCGGUGAUAGUGGGAGGCGUGGUGGGCGCCUUGUUCGCCGCCUUCCUGGUGAUGCUGCUGGUGUACCGGAUGAAGAAGAAGGACGAGGGCAGCUACACGCUGGAGGAACCCAAACAGGCCACCGUCACCUACCAGAAACCAGACAAGCAAGAGGAGUUUUACGCAUAACACUAGUACGCCAGAGAGACAACACCGCACACCGAGGGAGAGAGAAAGAGCGAGAGAGAAAAGAGAGAAAGAUACUCUAACCCCUCCCCUCCUCUUCCUCCUCCUCCUCUUCCUCCUCUCCUUCUCCUCCUUCUUCUUCUUCUUCUCCUCCUCCUACGUCGCUUCCCUCCUCAUCUGCCAGCCUCUCCUCAUCCCUCUCUCCUCUCGUCUCCAAAACACUUGAGAGCGCCUUUCUCUCUGCGGACUUGGAACUUUCUUUUCAAUGAAAAUGAGAAAAAAGAGGACAAAAAAAAGGAAAAAAACAACAAAAAAAAUCCAAAUAUAUUCAGAAAAAAAUAACACAUACACACGAGAUGUUUUUAAAGUAAAUGUUGUUAUUAAUAUUCUACAGAUUCUCCUGUUCUGUAUGUAAUGAUAUGAUUAUUUUGUAAAAAAAACAAACAAACAAACGAACAAAGCAAAACACAUAACUUGUGUUUUCCGGCACAGAAAAAAAAAAAAAGUUCCUCUUUUGUUUUUAAAUGAAAAAGCUUAAAAGAGAGAGGAGAGGGGUGGAGUGGGCUGAGGGAGGACAAGACAGCGCUCUGCCUCCUCAACCCCCUUCACAAAAAAACACACAGAGCGUCUGGUUGGCCGCACAGAGCCGAAGAGGUCAAAGGUGAGAGGAAAGGUCUCUUUUGUGCCUUCCGUCCCUCUGGUGCUCAAAGCAAACACGCAAACAUGCAGCCGCAUAAACACACAAGCUUGCACACACGCACACACACACACACACACACACACACACACUGCUCGAAGGUGGCUCUGACCUCGCUCUCUGUGCUCGGCCAACCAGAAAACGGUGCUCAACCCUCGGCGUGUUUCACAAUGUCAAGGAGCCACUGUGGAAACACUGGCUGGUCGCAGCAAGCCGGCGGCCCCCCUCUGCUCCUCGAAAGCUGUACAAAGACUAGUUAUGGAUAGUAAUAAUAAUCAAUAAUAUAUCAAUGUUUCUGGGCUGGAUGGUGAAUAAUAAUAAUAAUAAUAAUACCAUAAUAAUAAUGAUACUUAAACAGGAGGAUGUGUAUUUAGCAGUUUAAAAAAAAAAAAAAAAGUUUAUAUGUAAAUAUCAGCGUAUCCUUUCUGGCGUCACUAACCAUCUGCAUGAUCAUGAAGAGUUUUUAUCCAUCACAUCCGUCAUUCACUAUAGAUGAGCUGUGCUCCCCGUCACCCGCACCAACCAAACACACACGCAGCUGCAGACAUGAAAAACUUUUGCUGUGCAUUUCGAACACACCACGGACUUUAAAUAUACUGUAAAUCAUAUCAUCCAGACACAUAUCAAACCCAUCGUCAUCGUGAUAGUCAUCACUUGUGAUUGGAGCGCGAUCAGGUGGUUUCCAGUAUGUUAUCGAUUAGUUGUGGAAUCAGUUGCCGGUUGGUUUAGAGUUUGGUCUGUUUGUGUAAAAGCACAACUACAUGUCCAGUCAUUUAGAACCCUCCCAACACCCAACACACGCCCCCCAACCUUUUUUUUUUUUGCAUGCCUCACUUUCUUUUUCUUCCACCAUUGGCUCUCUGUUCGGGGGUGGGAGGGGCCUACGGGAAGCGUGAGGGGCUUCAAUACAAAAAGUCGACGCAGGGAGUCGCUCCUCAGUGCACUAAUUCGAAAAAUCAUAACAUUUGUCGUCAAAACUUCGGUCACGAGAGGAAUUAGUGCUCACGAGGCCGGACUCGAAAUACCUGCCGUCGGACCCUUUUUUCUUUCGGGGGGGAGGGGGAUGGGGAACGUGAGGAGACAGGAGGACUGUGCUUCUAUCUAAGAGAUUGUAACAAUAACCACACCAGUGCGACUGGGCUAGUAGCUUCUAUUAUACUCAGUACUGUAGAACAAAAAUGCAUGGGAGUCAAAAACUAUACUCGUCUGGGUGUGCGUGCGGAUGCCCCCCGUGUGCGUUUUUUCUGUCCGUGAGUUUGAACGCGAAGAAGAAGAAAGGGGGCGAGUUAAAAGUCGGAAUGUACUGUGGUCGAGUGUGUGUUUACCUACUCCAGCAGUUUCUCACGCUCUUCCACAGACAGGUAACGCACCUCUUCCACUGCUGUGUGUUUAGUUCACCUGCUCGCCCUCACUGGUGUGAGAAGAGUGUUUGUGUGCGAGUCUACACCUCCAUCCGAACCUGCCACCUGUGUAUGUGUGUGUGUGUGUGUGUGUGCGCGUGCAUGAGUGCUUCACCUUGGUAUUUCACAGCAGACUCUUGUGUACACUGACUAGCCUGUCGACGUGUGUGUGUGUGUGUGUGUAUGUGUGCGUGUGCGUCUGCGUGUGUUUAGUCCAUUCACUGCUGAAUGUGGGGCAGCUCGUCCCUCACAGUGGCUAUCACACACACUUGACUGUGUCUUCUCACCGUCUGUCUGUCUGUCUGUCUGACUUGUCUACCUGUCUGUCUCUGCGCCCGCCAGGACAGACGGACAGACGACACGCCGCUCUCUCACAGGCAGGAAUGAUCUUAACACGUACUGUCUUUUCUAAAGUGACCGUCAAAGUGUAAACAUGUGCGUUUGUACCCAUCUAAGCCUGCGUAGCCAAAUAAGACGUGUGUGUGUGUGUGCGUGUGCGAGAACGAGGGUAAAUUUGUAUGUGUGUGUGAGUAUGCAUGUGCCAGGAUGUGUGUGUGUGUGUGUGUAUGUGUGUGUGAAGCCCAGUGGAGGCUACACUACUCUAUGUUUGCUGUUCCCAUUCCUGUUUUUAUACAUUUGCAUUUUUUUAAGGCUGAGUUUCUGUCAUUGGCUGAGUGAGCGAGAGGAGGCGGAUCCUCCACGCCACCGCCCUGUCACUAAUCUGCCACUCUGUUCCAAAUAAAAAAAAACCUGAUUGGGUAAAUCUG